UUGAAUAGUUUUCUUUAACAUUUCUCUCCUCCCCUUUUCUUUCCUUCCACAUUCCACAAAACAAAACAUACAAUCAUCAUUCAGAUCUCUACCACUCCAAAUUUCUUCACAAGAAAGAAGAUUCUCAUUCAUAAACCCAUUGCUUCUUCUUCAACAUUACUCGAACGACACACCCUACAAUUGUUUAUUGUUUAAUCAACAAUAAACAAUUGCUCUUCAAUCAAUAACAAAAUCCACCGACAACAUAGUCUACUGUCGUUGUCUCCGGCGACUCUUGUCGGAGAUUCUCUCUCUUUCAACGCAUUCAAGUGAUCCCCCUUUCACUAGAUCUACCUUCAAAAGGGUAUAAAUUUAUUCAGAAGGUGAGAUUAAGAGGUUUUGUCAUUGAUGGCACUUUCGGUUUCUCGGGCUAUGUCGAAGGGCAUAGUGAUGACAGUGCCUGUUUUGAUUCUCACUGUUUCGGCGGCCGCUGUUUUUCUGUUCUUCUUGUUGUCCUCUCUCUCUUCUUGCUCAUGCCCUUCACAACCUUCAUCCACCCCUGUCAACAAUGCAGAGAACUCUGCUGUUGGUUUGUCCGAGUCUAGUAGUGGUAAUGGUUUGUUAGCAACAAGGAAGGAGGAUGUUCAGUGGGUGAAAGAUCAAAUACAAGCAAAUGGACUUCAUAUGCAAGAAAAUGUGCUGCGCAAGGGUAUUAAUCCUCGCACUAGGGUUCAACAACUCGAGGAUCUUAGACAAUUUAAGGGCAUAUCACACUAUGAGGGACCUGACUCAAACAACCACACAGCCUUUCCAUGCCCCGGGGAACUUCUAGUUGAACAGCACCAUAGUAACUAUGGUGAACCAUGGGCAGGUGGAAGGGAUGUGUUCGAGUUUCUUGCUCAAACCAUUCAUCUCAGACCAGACUCACAGGUGCUGGAGAUAGGCUGUGGCACACUUCGAGUUGGCUUGCAUUUCAUUCGAUAUCUAAAUCCCGAACACUUUCAUUGUCUUGAAAGGGACGAGCUCUCUCUGAUGGCUGCAUUUAGGUACGAGCUUCCGGCACAAGGCCUCUUACACAAACGACCGUUGAUAGUUAAGGGAGAAGACAUGGAUUUCAGUAAGUUCGGUUCCGACGUAACGUAUGAUUUGAUUUACGCUAGUGCUGUGUUUCUUCAUAUGCCUGAUAAACUCGUAUGGGUUGGAAUGGAAAGAUUAGCAUCUAAGUUGAAACCCUUCGAUGGACGAAUCUUUGUAUCACAUAAUAUAAAGUUCUGUUCAAGAAUGGGAGGAGAUGAAUGCACAAAGAGGCUUAUGAGUUUAGGACUCGAGUAUCUUGGGAAGCAUACACAUGACAGUCUUCUAUUUAAUCACUAUGAGAUAUGGUUUGAAUUUAGACGUUCGAAAAUUUAACGUCCUUAUUGGUUCUUCGAAAAAACACGAGAAUUUUUCAGCUUUGAAUGACCUCAAGCCACUAAACUGCUUUGCUCAUUGCAACAUGUCAUCAUCAACUUAGUGAAUUCUUGCUUCAGUCCUGAGAGUUAGCAAUUUUUCUACUCAGCAGUUCAUCGAUCUGUGCUGGAAAAGCGAGAUGCGUCAUUUGUAGUUUUCGAUCGAAGACUCGACGAAGGCAAGAAGCUCUGUAUUAUAUCGAGGGAUCUUAUUCUAAAAGGGUUAGCUUAAUAGAUACUUCUUAUUAUUGUUUCUAUGUAGAUUAUGAUUAGCUGUAGUUGGCAGUCAUAUCUUCAUGCAACGGAUUGCUGUUUUACGCGGGAUUCCGUCAAACAUGUGUAAUGGUGUGAUAAUUUAACUAUAUUUUCUAGAUUAUUUUGUUAUAUAUUGUUUCAAAUUGAUAAUCA